AUGGCUAACCAGAUUGGCGAAGAUCAUUUUACAACGAAAUUACUCGAUAUUCCUUUAUUGAUCAACGGUGACUUUGCAGCUGAGACCAUUUUGAUUAGCUUGGGAGCUGUUUUGGGUAGAACCACGCCCACUCAGUUGGUCUGGAUGACGUUCCUUGAAGUUAUUGUUUACGGAGGAAACGAGUACCUCUUGCUUAAGGAGCUUAAAAUUACGGAUGUCGGAGGUUCUGUGGUCAUCCAUACAUUUGGAGCUUUCUUUGGACUUGCGGUAUCCUUUAUGUUCGGAGUUCCGAGUGCAAUCGAGCAAGAGCACAACACAUCUCGCUACAACUCGGAUAUGUUUGCCAUGAUUGGUACACUCCUACUCUGGGUCUACUGGCCAUCUUUUAACGCCGCCUUUUCGGGGUCGGAUGACUUCCAGCGUGAGCGUGCUGUAAUUAGCACUGUUCUAUGUUUAUCAGGCUCCUGUACCGCUGCUUUUGCUGCAUCCAAAAUGCUAAGCCACACAAAAAAAAUCGACAUGGUUCAUGUACAAAACGCAACGCUUGCCGGUGGAAUCGCCAUGGGAACUUGUUCCAACCUUGCCGUCUGCCCAGAGACUGCUAUCAUUAUCGGCCUUGUCGUAGGCGUUGCAUCAGUUGCUGGUUAUCGGUAUGUAUCUCCUCACCUUGAGCGUGAGUUUCGGAUAGCCGACACUUGUGGUGUCUUUAAUCUACAUGGAAUGCCUGGUCUCGUCGGUGGCUUUGCUGGUGCUAUGGUCACUUUUUCUGCCCCCGAUGACUUUUAUGGAGACAGUUUGACGGAUAUAUACCCGGCACGCUCUUAUCGUUCGGCUAGCAAGCAAGGUUGGUAUCAACUCCUUGCCAUCGUCACUUCAGCAAGCAUUGCUACACUUUCUGGUCUGAUCGUCGGCUAUUUUCUCAGCUCAAAGCAAUUUCACCAGCAACAACUCAAGUAUGAAGACGAGGAAUGGUUUAGUGUGCCCGACAAAAGCGACGCUUAG